AUGGAAAGUUCUAGACGAUCGUCAAGUCGAAAGACAUAUCAUGUUCCAUAUUGUAACGGGCGAGCAUGUCCGAAAUGUGGCCAAUGUUUGGAUUGGUACUAUGGUCGUAAACAUAGUGAUCAUGAUCGUGUUGUCUGUAAGAGUCAUUUGGGUCCUUUGGUUGGCCCUGUUUAUGGAUGGCAACGUCGUAAGGAUGCCACUUGUGGCUAUCGAUCAUAUCCUCAUUAUGUGUACUAUACGGCUCCAUUUGGUCCAUGCAAACUGAGUAUCCAUCAACAUAAACAUCUAGUCAAUGUUGAUCGUGGCGGGAUUGACAAUCCUGAGCGUUCUGUUCGUAGGUGUUGGAGUUCACAUGUAGCUAUUCACGGUCGUUAUUUGUGUCAUUGUCAAAGGAAAGAUUGA